UGAUCAGCUGAUUGCCCACCAUUCUUCGCAUAUUUUGCAUUUGUUUUUAUUUUUUGUACAAGAGUUGAGUGAUAGGAUUGUAGAACAUUUUUGGCUGCUUUGAAACGAGCCAAUACAGUUUUACAAGCCAUGAAGAGACAUCUGCAACUAAGCAUAAAACAGCUUUCCAGUUGCUAUGCAGAUGGGAGCAUUUCGCCACGCAUUGUGGUAGAUCACUCUUUGGAUGACGCUGUGAAAUUAAAGCAUUUAAAUGCAUUUAUACGACUAUCACCAGAAAAGGCUUUGCAUCAAGCUAAGGAGUCUGAUCAUCGCUACGAGAAUAAAGAGCAAUUGGGAAAACUCGACGGUGUACCCAUAGCCAUAAAGGAUAAUUUUUGUACAAAAGAUACCCCUACAACUUGUGCUUCAAGAAUGCUUUCUAAUUUUGUACCACCUUACAAUGCAACCGUUUGUGAACGACUGACAAAAGCCGGUGCUGUAUUAAUUGGGAAGACAAAUAUGGAUCAAUUUGCUAUGGGUUCCGGGACAGUAGAUUCCAUUUUCGGCCCAUCAAAAAAUGUUUGGAGUAGUGAUUUAAUGGAUAAAUGGCACAUAGCCGGUGGAAGCUCUGGAGGUUCGGCAACAGCAGUUGCUGCAGGAAUAUGUUAUGCUGCUAUCGGGUCAGACACCGGUGGGUCCACACGCAACCCUGCUGCAUACUGUGGUGUUGUUGGCUUGAAGCCCACCUAUGGCCUUAUUUCACGUCAUGGUCUUAUCCCACUGGUAAACUCCAUGGACGUGCCCGGGAUUUUCGCACGCAGUGUUAGUGAUUGCCUUGACGUACUAAACGCAAUUGCUGGUCCAGAUGACAAGGACUCCACCACGAUUAGAAAACCAUUUCGGAAAAUUAAUUUGAAAUUUUAUGAAGAGCUGGAUCUUCGAAAUGUGCGUAUUGGUAUACCAAUGGAAUAUCAUUGUGAUGGGCUCUCCAGCGAGGUAUUGGAUACUUGGAGGAAAGUCGCAGAUUUGCUGGAAGAUAAUGGAGCUCAUGUGCAGCAAGUUUCAUUACCGAACACUGCAGCAAGCAUAUUUGUGUACUCCAUAUUGAACCAGUGUGAAGUUGCGAGUAACAUGGCACGAUAUGAUGGCAUCGAGUAUGGACAUCGCCCCAAUAUUGAGAGCAGUACGGAAGAGUUAUAUGCCAAUACACGAGCCGAGGGAUUCAAUACGGUGGUAAAAACACGUAUUCUAACUGGAAAUUAUUUUUUACUACGCAAAAACUAUCAGAAAUACUUUGAGAAAGCAUUGCGUGUCCGCAGAUUAAUUUCAGAGGACUUUAAGCGGGUAUUUGAAACUCCCAUAGAUAACGAAAACGUAGUGGAUGUUUUGCUCACUCCCACCACUUUGACGGAUGCACCGUUAUACAGUGACUUUGUAUCGCUAAGUAAUCGCGUUCAAUGUGCAGUGCAGGACUUUUGCACACAGCCGGCGAAUAUGGCCGGAAUACCAGCUAUUUCCAUACCGAUACGCCUCUCGAAACGUGGCCUCCCAAUCGGCUUGCAAUUGAUGAGCAAGACAUUAAACGAAGAGAUGCUACUACGGGUGGCUAGUUGGAUAGAGAAACAAGUAGAAUUCGACUGUUUGGCUAAUGAACAAAUUUAUGCUGCUCGCAGUUAAAAAUAAAACAACAUUUUCACAUGAAUGUUAUUUUUAAUUUUGUUCAUUUUUGAAUUGAAUUAGCACCAAAAUAUCUAUUUGUUUCAUAAACAACUCAGUUAAGCAAGAAAUAAAAAUUUCAAUAUUCUCGCAAAUAUAAA